AUGUGUACUGAAGAAGAAUUUGAAAAUAAACUGCAAACAAUUUUCGUGAAAGCGGAUCCCAGUCGGAUCAUCUCCAGAGCCGAAGUGUUGUCUCCAGGGAAUGUCGAGGAAAUUCACCAGGUCUAUGAUGAACUCUGCACUAAUAAGCUCAAGUACAAGAAGCCUGCGGCGAAGAUUUUUCGAUGGGUCAUGCGCUUCAUUCGAAGGGAUUUUCAGCAACACCAUCCCGAAGUAGCCAUUAAACCAAGACCUACAUGGACUUAUUGGCCGAACGGAAUUGUAUACUACGAAUUCGGAGACGGAGCCGGUGAGCGCUGCUGGUCUUACGUUGGCAUGAGCACUUCGUCGUCUCAACAACUGAAUCUUCAGUCAUCGGGUUGUUGGCUCAAGGGCACGGUGAUCCACGAGAUACUUCACGCUGUUGGGUUUUUGCACGAACACCAACGCUUCGACAGAGAUGAUUUUAUUACAGUGUACGACCCCAAUAUUGACCCCGGAUCAACGGGGCAGUUUUCAAAGGUGUCUUUAUCGAUUAGCAACAACGUCAACAGCCCCUACGACAUUGACUCAAUCAUGCACUACGGCAGUUACUCCUUUGGCCAGCGUUCUGGGAAUUCCUUGUUGCAAACCAUUUUUGUCAAAAACGAUUCCAAUAGGUUGAUAACUGAGCCCUACGCGAGACCCUACUUAUCUCCUGUGGAUGCUGCUGAAAUUAAUACGGUUUAUUCGAGCACUUGUACGAACAUUUCGGUUGAAUGUCCGUCGAUCGCGGUGCUGGCACCUGAUCCCACUACGCCUCCUGCUGCGACGAAAAAGGCU